AUGAUCUCGAAGGUAAUUUCUUUUUGUGCUAUUUUGACUUCAUCUUAUGCAGGAGUUAUUCAAAGAGCACGUUACCCAGAACUGUCGCCACUAAACACGUUUUACCCAGACAUACCUUUAACUUUUUUUCCCAAUUACAUAUCCUCUUUGGCCCCUUAUCAAUCCUCAUCCUUAGCGUAUCCUUCGCAAAAUGUGUAUUCGAACAUCUUACCACAACAAGUAUAUCAAUACACUUCUCCGAAUUACCCACAUGUUGUAGGAGCUCCUUUGCAAUAUUCUAGUGCUCUAGAUGAAAUAGUCUCCUUAAAUGAAGAGCCAAUCGUUUAUAUAGAACCAGUGAUACAUGCACCUUACCAACACGUAAUUCCAGACGCAAUUGUUGAAGCCCAGCCGGAAUAUGAGGAAAAGCCUAACUACCUCUUUGCGUACUCUGUGGUUGAUAGUCACACUCGUGACAAUAAGCAACACCAAGAGAGGCGGGAUGGCGAUGUCGUCCGAGGAGAAUACUCUUUACUAGAAGCUGAUGGGACUGUUCGAAGAGUUGAAUACACAGCUGAUCCUCUUAAAGGAUUUAAUGCUAUAGUAAGCAGAUCUAAACCAAAAGAACAAAUAGACGCAGAGGAGAGUAAACAGGGGGGGACAGAGCCAAAUAAAGCUUAA